AUUUUUAUGAGCAUUUUUUUGGUUUUGCUAACUGUAUUUUUGUAGCACAAUGUCUCAAUUUGUUGUACCUAAAAUUAUUACCUUUGCUGCUUGGGACUUUGUUGUAUUUGCAUCCCUAUUUUUAGUAUCUGCAAGCAUUGGUGUAUUUUUUGCCAUAAAAGAGAGAAAAAAGACAACAUCUGCAGAUUUUCUUAUUGGUGGAAGAUCGAUGACAUGUGGACCAGUAGCUUUGUCUCUAACUGCCAGCUUUAUGUCAGCAGUGACAAUUUUAGGUGCUCCUGCAGAGGUAUACCGUUUUGGAGCAUCCUUUGUCUUGUUUUUCAUAGCCUACACCUUUGUGGUUCUUUUUACGGCAGAGCUCUUCCUCCCUGUCUUUUACCGUUCGGGAAUCACUAGUACUUAUGAGUACCUAGAACUUCGCUUUAACAAACCUGUCCGUUUUUUUGCAACUAUUAUGUAUAUUUUACAAACGAUCCUCUAUACUGGAGUAGUAGUGUAUGCACCAGCUUUGGCCUUGAAUCAGGUGACUGGAUUUAAUCUGUGGGGAUCUGUGUUUGCCACUGGUAUUGUCUGCACCUUCUACUGCACAUUGGGAGGACUCAAAGCGGUUGUAUGGACAGAUGCUUUUCAGAUGAUUGUGAUGGUCGUUGGAUUUUUAUCGGUUCUUGUUGAAGGCACAAUCCAAAAUGGAGGUCCAAGCCAAAUAUGGCAGACAGCUAUGAACGGUUCACGUUUGGACAUUGUUGAUUUUAGCGUAGAUCCACUAAGAAGACAUACCUUCUGGACCAUUGCAGUGGGAGGAACAUUUACAUGGCUGGGCAUUUAUGGGGUCAACCAGUCAACUAUCCAGAGAUGCAUUUCCUGCAAAUCAGAAAAACACGCAAAACUAGCUCUGUACCUUAACCUGCUUGGACUGUGGGUGAUCUUGGUUUGCGCUGUGUUCUCUGGUUUGGUCAUGUACGCACAUUACGAAGGUUGUGAUCCUUGGACUGCAGGAUUUAUAAACGCUCCUGACCAGAUGAUGCCCUACUUUGUUAUGCACUUAUUUGCAAAAAUGCCUGGACUGCCUGGUCUUUUUGUGGCGUGUGCGUUUAGUGGUACAUUGAGCACUGUAGCUGCAAGCAUCAAUGCUCUUGCCACUGUCACCUUUGAAGACUUUGUUAAGUAUUUUUUCAAGGACAUUUCAGACAGGAAAAGUACCUGGAUUAGCAAAGGCUUAUGUGUGCUGUUUGGUGCAUUGUGUACAGUAAUGGCAGUAGUCGCAUCUUUUAUGGGUGGUGUUGUACAGGCUGCUCUUAGUAUCCACGGGAUGUGCGGUGGCCCCAUGUUAGGAUUAUUCUCUUUGGGGAUUUUGUUUCCAUGGACCAACUGGAAGGGGGCUCUGGGAGGUGUCCUAACUGGAUUCGUUAUGUCAUUUUGGGUUGCCAUUGGAGCAUUUAUAUAUCCAGCUCCAGCUUCCAAGACCCUGCCACUAAUACUAAGGACAGAUGAAUGCAUUCCACUAAAUGUAACUUCCACGAUGUCUACAUUUACCACCUUGUCUGCUACUACUGCACCACCACGGUCUGUCUUGGAAGAUAACUGGUACAGUAUAUCUUACCUCUACUACAGCGCUGUUGGCUACAUAAGCUGCGUCAUUGUAGGAUUAUUGAUCAGUGUUAUAACAGGUCCCCAACGUGGAAAGAAUGUUAAAUCACUGCUGAUAAGACCAGUCUGUAACCUGGUCUGCUUCUGGUCCGAGAAGUACAAGAAAAAGUGUUGGUGUGGAGUUGCCCAUGAUGAAAUAGAUGAAGAGCUGGAUUUUAACGGCUUGAAGAAAGAUAUUACAAUGAUGCCAGUGACAGACAAACCUGAAGAAAAUAAGUAUGAAAACAACUCCCUUCAUAAACCUCCACCUGGCUACAAUGAAGAAGAAAAAUCAUAUACAAACAGCGAUGUUGAUAAAGAAUCUCGUAUGUAAACAGCACAAUAUCCAUGAUGUUUACUGCAGCACUAGCACUCAUGUGUGUACAGAAACAACUACAAGAAUUCCAUUGAGCUCAAGUGUUUCUCUGCUGAACCCUCAUCAUUGUUUAUACACUGGCAGUGCUGAUCAGAAUGAAAUCAACUGUAUAGUAUUUAUCCUUUUUUUAUUCUUCCUAUAGUUCAUGUAAUUUACAACA